AUGCCAAGAAAAAAUUCCGUUCCAAAUCAUUUACGAACGGUUCUCGAAUCUAAAAACUCAACGCCAGAUGAAAUAAAAGGCGCAGUAUCCGAGUACGUCGUCUGGGUGAAAGAAUUUUUGCAAAGGCAGCUAAACGACAGUAAACUUGACAUUGAACAAUAUAAUAAACAUGUAAUUAUGUUGGAUUUGCUACAGCAAAUAUCAUGGAAACGUUGUUAUGUUGAAUUUACUAAGGGUAAAGUGAAUUCAAUUGUCAUCAAAUUAAAGCGUUUGGAAACAAGGUGCUCCGUCUUGGAGAAAAAAACAGAUUUCUUGCAAAAUGAAAUACAUAAAAAACAUGUAGCAUUUCAGGAAGAAACGAAUUCUUUGAAGAAUGAAAAUGAAAAAUUACAAACAUUCGCAUUAAGCUUAUGCAAAGAUGAUAACAACCUUUUUG